CCACCCGGAAGCGCGCCCGGGGCGGGGCCGGCUGAGCGGCGCUCUGACCCGUGGGGGCCCCUCGGACCGUCCCGGCGCGGCCCUCGGCUGCCCGCUCCGUGGGCGGCGGACCUGCCUCGGGAGCGCGCGGCCCCCGGAAGAGGGGAGCGGGCCCCGUCCCCGCCUCGCCCGCCCGUGUGGCCGGGAGCCCGUCGCUGCACUCCUCGGAGCCAAAGUUUCUGCAGCCGCGAAGUGGGCGGGUUCCACCAGCCCGGCCUUCUUCCCAGGGUAGCUGCGAGCAUUUGCAGGGCCCAGAACGUUAUGCUGCUCUCCAUGAGCUGGUCGCAGGGUCUGUCCACUGCAGCCCUUUCUGAACCUCUGGCUGACUGGAAGCUCUGCCGUGCUCCGUACCAAGAUGAAGUGCGUCUUGGUGGCCACAGAGGGAGCGGAGGUCCUCUUCUACUGGACGGACAAGGAGUUUGAAGAGAGUCUGCGGCUGAAGUUUGGGCAGUCGGAGUAUGAGGGAGAAGAGCUCCCUGCCCUGGAGGACCAGCUCAGCACCCUCCUGGCCCCGGUCAUCAUCUCCUCCAUGACGAUGCUGGAGAAGCUCUCCGACACGUACACCUGCUUCUCCACGGAGAACGGCAGCUCCCUCUUCGUCCUUCACCUGUUCGGAGAAUGCCUGUUCAUCGCCAUCAACGGCGACCGCUCGGAGGCCGAGGGGGACCUGCGGCAGAAGCUGCGGGUGCUCAAGUUCCUGUUCGAGGUGCACUUCGGGCUGGUCACCGCGGACGGCCAGCUCAUCCGGAAGGAGCUGCGGCCCCCCGACGUGGAGCAGCGCGUCCAGGUGUGGGAGCACUUCCAGAGCCUGCUGCGCACCCACGGCCGCCUGCGCGAGCGGGAGCAGGGCUUCGCCGUGGAGGCCGUGGAGCGGCUCAUCCACCCGCAGCUCUGCGAGCUGUGCAUCGAGGCGCUGGAGCAGCACGUGGUCCAGGCCGUGAACACCAGCCCCGCGCGGGCCGGCGAGGAGGCGCUGCACGCCUUCCUGCUGGUGCACUCCAAGCUGCUGGCCUUCUACUCCAGCCACAGUGCCAGCUCCCUGCGCCCCGCCGACCUGCUGGCCCUCAUCCUGCUGGUGCAGGACCUCUACCCCAGCCAGGAGGACGAUGGUGAUGACACUCAGCCUUCCCUUCGGAGGCUGCCGAGCAGCCAGAACAUCCCCGUGCAGCAGGCCUGGAGCCCCGGUUCCGCAGGCCCCACCCGGAGCUCCACGGGGACUGAGACAGACAGCUCCCUCCCCGAGGAGUACUUCACCCCCGCUCCUUCCCCCGGGGAGCGGAGUUCAGGUUCAGAUAGCACCAUCUGGAUGGACGGGGGAACCCCACCCACAGAUGAUUCCCUGAUCCAGAUAGGAGAAGACACACUCCAGAUGCUGAUCCCUGGCUCCCCAGCGCCCUCCUGCCCCCGGCGGAUUUUCCUGGAUGCCAGUGUGAAAGAGGUGUACUGCCCCAUGGUGCCCCACACCAUGUACUGCCUGCCCCUGUGGCCGGGCAUCAACAUGGUGCUGCUGACCAAGAUCCCCAGCGCGCCGCUGGCCCUGGCCCUGUACCAGCUGCUGGACGGCUUUUCGCUGCUGGAGAGGAAGCUGAGGGAGGGGCCGGAGGCCCGGGGCUGCCUGCGCUCCCACCCGCUCCUCGGGGACCUGCGCCAGCGGAUGGACAAGUUUGUCAAGACCCGAGGGAGGCAGGAGCUUCAGAGCACCUGGCAGGAGUUCAAGACCAAGGCCUUCUCCAAAAGUGACCCCGCCUCGUCGCAGGAGCUGCUCCAGCUGUGCGGGAAGAUGAAGCGGCAGCUCUGCGCCAUCUACCGCCUGAGCUUCCUGAGCUCGGCCCCGAGCCGCGGGGGCCCGCAGCUGGCCCGGCACCUGCAGGACCAGGUCCAGAUGCUCAUGCAAGAGAAGCUGAUGGACUGGAAGGACUUCCUGCUGGUGAAGAGCAGGAGGAACGUCACCAUGGUGUCCUACCUGGAGGACUUCCCGGGCCUGGUGCACUUCAUCUACGUGGACCGCACGACCGGCCAGAUGGUGGCCCCCUCUCUCAGCCACGGUGAACGGACCUCCUCGGAGCUGGGCAAGGGGCCCCUGGCUGCCUUCGUCAGAACCAAGGUGUGGUCUCUGAUCCGGCGGGCGCGCAGAUACCUGCAGAAGGGCUACACCACGCUGCUGUUCCGGGAGGGGGACUUCUUCUGCUCCUACUUCCUGUGGUUCCAGAACGAGACGGAAGCUCCUGCGCUACUACAGCAAGGACCACCCGGCCGAGGUCGUCAAGUGUCACGAGCUGCUGGCCCUGCACCUGUCAGUCAUCCCCGUAGACGUGCUGGUGCAGCAGGCGGGCGAGCUGGCCCGACGCCUGUGGGAGUCCUCCCAGGUCCCCCUGCUCUAGGCAGCCGCAGUGCACCUGGUUCUCCACCCCACCCCCUCCCGCCACAGAGCCUGUCCACCGGAGGACGGACAGGCCCAGGGCAGCUCCAGGAUUUCUUCUGUUUCUUUUGUUUGUUUUCCUCUGUUCCCUUCUCCCCACCCUCACCCCACCCCAGGAUUUCUUUAAAAAACCCCACCUAAAGCAGCCUCCAGGCCAGGCAGUGACCAAACCCCCAGAAGCUUCUGUCUGGAGGAAGCUGGGGCCAGGAGGUUCCUUUGUCUCUACUACAGCAGUGGCUGCAGGUCAGAGCUGCCUCCGUGUAUCUCAGGAGACAGCGUGUCUGAGGACGCCUAUCCUCCGCCUCUUUCCGAGGCGGGGAGAGCUCCCUGGGGAAGCUCUUUCCCUCCCCGGAUGACAGGUGCUCCCUGGCUGGGUUCCAGCUCUGCCACUUCCCUCUCGGCAGCUCUGAGUGGGCCCCCCACGUGUGGGCGACAGCCCUCCCUUUCAGGGCGUGUGUGAGGGCUGCUGGGCACGAGAGGAGCUCAAUAAACGCUGGUUGCGGU